CUCACGCGGAAGUGUCAUACACCAACCUCCUGGAAAAGUGAGACCAACAAUGGAGCUUGUGAGCAAGCUGGGCGGCUCUCUCUCUCUCUCUCUCUCUCUGAACUUCACGCGUAUUAAACUUUCCAUGAACGUGAAGGAAAGGUUAUAUUCCUAUGCUCUGAUCCUCUCUGAAGAUCCUCUCUGAAGACCAGAAAUAGCUUCCAUCAACUAGAAAAAUAGUGAGAGAGAGAGAGAGAGAGAGCCCUCAGAUGCUUUAGCCGAUCCAUCCUUGGUCCUUCACGGAUUAUAAUUCAAUCACCAUAACAGCCCACUUGCCUAGGAGAUACUAAGCAAUGAAUAUUACAAAGCAGUUGAAGAAGAAUCCAUGGUUCUAAAGUGAACUCCAUCAGCCACUUCUCAUCAGCUUGAGUACUUCUUUGUUUCCUUCUUUUGUUGCUAUUAUUCAUGGAUGAUAUGGAAAAGAAGGACAUCAGUGUUCCUGAAACAAGCUCCAAGUCACCAGAGAUCCGCGCUUUCUUUGAUUUAGUGGACAGAGCACAUAGUUUGCAACUGCUUAGUGAGAAGAACAAUCAGGGAUCAGAGAAGCCACUGAGGAACAAUUUCAGUGUAUGGAAGCCUUCAUUUGAGCCUGAAGACUUCAAUUUACCUCCAAAGAGUGGUUCCACUUCCACUGUGGAUCCUCCCCUAACCAUGGCUGCCGCAGGUGAUGAAGGAAAAGAUGAGGAGAACAGAUUGAAGAGAGGUUUGAAGAGGCCAAGACAGUUUCUUGAUUUGGCUCCACUCUUUGUCGUUUCUGGGGAAGGGUUGAAGAGAGGAGAUACCAGCAAGGUUUUAUUAUGUGAUCUAAACAAAGAAGCUGAACCAUCAGAGGGUGUUGAUGGGGGCACAGGUUUAGCCUUAAACUUGGAAUUAGGAACAGUAAGAAAGUGAGAUUUAAUAAUAAUAACUUUGUGGCGA